AAGUGUCUGGACCGGAAGGGGGGGGAAAGUGUCCGGACUGGAAGGGGGGGAAAGUGUCCGGACUGGAAGGGGGUGAAAGUGUCCGGACUGGAAGGGGGGGAAAGUGUCCGGACUGGAAGGGGGGGAAAGUGUCCGGACUGGAAGGGGGUGAAAGUGUCCGGACUGGAAGGGGGUGAAAGUGUCCGGACUGGAAGGGGGGGAAAGUGUCCGGACUGGAAGGGGGUGAAAGUGUCCGGACUGGAAGGGGGUGAAAGUGUCCGGACCGGAAGGGGGGGAAAGUGUCUGGACCGGAAGGGGGGGAAAGUGUCCGGACUGGAAGGGGGGGAAAGUGUCCGGACUGGAAGGGGGUGAAAGUGUCCGGACUGGAAGGGGGGGAAAGUGUCUGGACCGGAAGGGGGGGAAAGUGUCUGGACCGGAAGGGGGGGAAAG